AUUGCCGGAAAACUAACACGGGCGCGACAAUUUCCGUCAGCCGGAGAGAGAGCAUUUCUUCUCAGAAGGAUGCUGCCAGGAUUUCCAACACGUGCAGACUGCCAUGUACCGUCACUCCUUACUUCAUGCUCUGACAACAGUAUCCUUCCUCUGCUCAAGUUUCUGUCGGCAAACUGAAAGCCCAGCACAGCUUGACAACGUUACUGAUAUACUUAAAACCAUUCUAGAGGGCUAUGAUAUACGACUUCGACCAAACUUUGGAGGUGAUCCACUGUAUAUUGGCAUGGAUAUGGUCAUUGCCAGUUUUGACAGCAUUUCUGAAGUUAACAUGGAUUACACAUUGACACUCUACCUGAACCAAUUCUGGACCGACGAGCGCUUAAAAUUCAGUAAAGAUAACUAUGAAUUAACUCUUUCUGGUGACUUUGCUGAGAAGAUAUGGGUUCCGGACACAUUUUUUGCAAACGAUAAAAACUCUUUCUUGCAUGAAGUUACAGAGAAAAAUAAAAUGGUGCGAUUGAAGUCCAAUGGAGAAAUUGCAUAUGGUAUGAGAUUCACAACAACACUCGCUUGUAUGAUGGAUCUUCAUUACUAUCCACUAGACACUCAAAAUUGCACUGUAGAAAUUGAAAGCUAUGGAUAUACAGUGAAGGAUGUGGAAAUGUAUUGGACACAAACCCCAGUUGUAGGUGUAGAAGAUGCAGAACUCCCACAAUUUUCUAUAGUAAAAUAUGAAACAACAAACAGAAUGGAGAAGUUGGCUACAGGAACAUAUCAGAGAUUAUCUUUGAGCUUCGAACUGAAAAGAAACAUUGGAUAUUUCAUAUUUCAAACAUAUCUACCGUCCAUACUUAUAGUUAUGCUGUCUUGGGUGUCUUUUUGGAUAAACCAUGAAGCUACAUCAGCUCGUGUUGCUUUAGGGAUAACGACAGUUUUGACAAUGACCACCAUUAGUACCGGCGUGCGAUCAUCACUACCUCGAAUUUCUUACGUGAAAGCCAUCGACAUCUACUUAGUGAUGUGUUUCGUCUUUGUAUUCGCUGCAUUAUUGGAGUAUGCGGCAGUCAACUAUACAUACUGGGGAGCAAGAGCAAAGAAAAAAUCAAAGAAAGACGCCAAAGCAAAUGAUACAAUAGGACCGAAUGAGGAGAUCAUCGAACUGCAGGAUGUCAGGAUGUCUCCAAUUCCCUGUUUGCGGAAAAGAAGGUCGUUGAGUAACGCCACAAGUGAAACGGAAGCCAUGUUUCCGCCUUCACUGCGCAUGAGUAACUUAUCUUUGCGUGUUCCUUAUAGCCCUCGAGUUUCGGGAGCGGUAGGCCGAAGGAGCCGUCUAGAGUACGGGAGAAAGCCGAAGGUCAUUCAGGCUCUCAAGAAGAAAGCAAAUGCCCUCAAAGCUUCCGUUCCUCGAAUCAAAGAUGUCAAUAUAAUUGACAAGUACUCUCGGGUUAUAUUUCCAGUUUCUUAUUUGAUCUUCAACGCCAUCUAUUGGUGCUUUUAUUUAUUCUGAAAUCCAAAUAUAUUACUAAAAGUGCUCUGAAGAAGUGAAAAUUUGGUUUUAAUGCAUUUCUUUUUCUGUAACUAGACUAUUUCAGGUGAAAAAGAAAAUAACUUAAGUGUCAUGAAGUUGCUUAAGAAAAGCUUUAUAAAUUGCAUAAUAGAAGCAGAUAGAUUUUUCAACGCAUCAAUGUUGGAAACAUCGAGCUAUUUCAUUAGUUCAAUUUAACAAUAUCUUAGUUAAAUAAUGGCAAUAAAGGUGAUAAUACAGAAAGAAGGCAUUCUAAUGAAUGCAAUAUGAAGGCUUCAAUCUAAAUGUGUGCUGUACCAUAAAACAAGCAGUUCUUGAAACAGUGCUCCCGAAAAAAAAAAAAAAAAAAAAGCAUAGUAUUUAAAUCACAAUCUCUAGUACUGAAACUAGUGUAAAUUUUCGGAGUUUAGGAAAAGGAUGUUAGAAAGAAAAAUUUGAAGCCGGGACACAAAAAUAAAUUUAAUGAAGUAAAGUUCUGAAAUUACCAGCCAGUCAAAAUUAUUACUACCUUUUUUUAUAGAACAGAGUUACUUGUGGACAAUACAAUUACUGAAUUCGUGUUUUUAAACAAUUCCUUUCUUCGAACAAAGUCAUUUUGCUUGCUUAGGAAUAUUCGAGCUGGUAAUAAAUCAAAGCAAACUAAUUUCACCUUUAAAUGGAUGUAUCGUUUAAUUUCUGGCAUAUUGAGAUUCUAAUUUAAUAACAUCCUAUAUAAAAUUAUUUUUCUGUCAUGCAAAAAUUAAUUAACGCAAUUUAAAUUACGUGUGCUAAAAUUUGUAACAAAAAAUACUAUUGGUUGUUUAGAUUCACUUGUCAACUAUUCUGAUAAAAUAAAGUAACAGCAGAAAACAUUAAGUUUAUACGGCAGGAAUUGUUUAUAUAGACAAUUAUUUAGUUCCACGGCGGCAAUCAUUAAUACAACAGAGGAGAAAAAUUUGCUCCCUAUGAAUUCUUUCCUUCCGGGCGACCGGCCUUCAACGUGGGUCGGUUUCCGAAACGGGUGAAACAAACACGGGGGAGAAUAUACGAUUUUCCCAGGGGCAAAUUGGAGAAACCUGCUUUCGAAAUGACCUUGUUAGGCUGCAGCUAGCUCAGCAUCUUACCCUUAACACCGCUCUCAAGAGAGCCUGCUAUAACCCUGCUGGGUAAAUUAGAAUUUUGCUGGUUUCUCGAGCUUCAAUUGGCGAUAUUAUUUGGAUAGAUUUUUAAGGUUACCUUUUUUCCGUUUCUUAUUUUCCGGUGCCCUCCUUUCCGCUUCCCCUUUUCCUGGGUGACUUUUUUUUCCGCACAUCGAGCACAACCAGCGGUGAUCUGAUUCUUGAUUUUCGAAAGACGGGAUUCGUAUAGAGGAAUUUUUUUAUUUACGAUCGUCAUUUUGCUAUUCUAUGUCAGGUUUACAUUGAAAUACCCAUGUGUUGUUAUUUGGAACUGGGGUCUUCAGGAAAACAAGUUUCUUUCGAUGGAAAUCAAAGUUGCUUACAUGUCCUCAUUUCACAUUCUAAAAUAGCUACCCAGAGAUAUGGACUUUACAGCAAUGAAGAAAUUCUUUUAUUUUGCGACAUGAAAAAAUAAGUAAUAAUAAAAAGACGAGAAUGACUAUAACUUCAGAUUUUUUGGAUAAUUAGAGAGCCACAGUCUCUGCAUUGCAAAACUUAGCCCUUGGGGUGAGCAUUCGGUUAGUCAUCUAUACCGGAACUUUGUCCAUGACUUCAACCUUUCAUACAGGAACUUGGGAUCGGGACGAAACUGGCACCUUCCACUAGUCUUGGCCAAUUUGGCAUAUGAAACGCCUUCACUUUCCCGGAAACCACAUUUCUCAGCGUCGACGACAAGAAAACAAAAUCACAAAACGCUUACACGAAAGAGCAUACAUCGUCACCUUGAUAAGUUGUCAUUCUUUGCUGCUCCUGCUUAUAAAAUCUUCGCGACAUCGUUUUGAGCUCCGAGGUAAAUAAAAACUAAUCUAAAUUCCCAAUGCAAUUUUAAAUCACGGUUGGUCUCAUAUCAAUUUUUAAGUUGCAGCACUGUGUUUUUUCUGUGGAAAGUGAAUUUCUCUUUCAGUGGUAUAUAAGGUAUUUAUCUCACCUUCUUGCCAUGCCUUCGUGGUGUGGUGGUCUGCACACUGGGAGCGUAUUCCAGAGGACCGAGGUUCGAUUAUCGGCGAAGGCGUUGCUUAUUUUUA